CCGUAGGGUAAUGACAUACCCAGCUUCAGUCUCUCACUCACAACAAAUUAAACGAAAAGUACAACAGCGAACGAUAAUAUGAUUUGAGGAAGUCAUAAUUUGCACCAUCGCCUAUCAGGAUCGUCGCUUCAGUUGCAAAAAUGCUUACCACGCCUCCACGCCCCCCUCAACUGUGAUCAUCAACACGCAAUGGCCGCGCUCCCCUUCGUCGCAGCAGAGGAGGCGGUGGCGUCAGCAGCGGAGCCCCAACUGCGGAAUAUCCGCCUGGAGAAGCACCAACAGCAGCUGGCCAGGAACUCUCUGCUGGCGGAGCUGCGGAGGGCCACCAACUUCUGGUUCCGGGCCAAAUCGACGGACGGACAACAGCUGCUGACCCAAAGCUGCACCCGCAUCCUCAGGCAUGGCAUGCUGGAGCCUGUGGAGCUGCAGCGUCUGUCGGAUGACUUCGAAUUCCUGCUGGCUAGUGCUGGCGGAACACAAGGCGAGUCCAGGGUCCAGAGUCCCGCUCCCAGCCUCAACACCAGUGCUGAUGCGGUCGAGGCCUUCUUGUUAGAGUGGACGGAGUGUAGCCUACGCCGCUAUUGCCUAUCGCAGUGCCUCCAAACCCUAGUGUCCGACCCGGAGCUGAUGGACUUCUACUAUCCCACGGAGGAGGCGUUCCUGCGCCACUCCGGCGAGGUGACGUCGCUGUUUGUGUGUCUCACGGCGGUUCAGCUGAACCAGAGCGCAUUGCUGGGCCAACUGGAGGUCAGGGCUCAGAUGCGCCACCGACGCACCUGCUCGCAGCCGAACUUCAGCAUAUCGCCCAAGCUGCAAGCCGUGCCGGAGGAGAUAACCCAAAAGCGGAACUACCUGAGGCGCCUGAAGAGCCUGCCGAAUCUCAGCCAGGAGCAGGCCAGGGACCCCGAGCUGGAGAAGAUUUCCAGCCGGCGCCGCUGCCAGACGUUCAGCACUCCGCGCAGCCAGUUCUUGGACGUGCCGUCGCCCAGCUCCUGUUCCUCCGGCGGCAGCUCCAAGCGGAUUCAGCUGAUCAACUGUGAUGACAUCAAGAUCUGGACGGACCAAACGCUGACGGAGUCUCCGCCGGAAAGGGAGGAGAAGAAGCCGCUGGACCUGCCCCGCGGAUCCUCAUCUCCGUUUGGCAGUUUCCUAGGUAGCUUCUUUGGCUCGCCGCCCGUCUACACCAGCUGGUUUCAAAGGGGCUUGGGCGAGGACCUGACCGCUAGUGGAGGCGACGGCGACGGCAUUUUGGACAACUUCUUGGCGGUGAAUGGCCGGAAACUGAAAAAACACCAAACCCUCUUCGAGGGUGUCAGCAUGCUGGACGAGGCCACCACCUCUGCCACUUGCUACUCCUCCUGCAGCGCCGCCGCCGCCUCUGCUGCCUCCACAGCACCCUGGGACAUACAAAGGCCCGAGGGCAGUACCACCACUGCCACCAGCUCCACCACAGCCUCCAGUUCCGUGAGCAUCACACCGAGCAGCGACAAAAUGGACCAGCAGUCGCUGGCAUCCUUCCUGCAGAUGUCCCGCCAAACGCACAACAACACCCAGUUGGAGAAGGAGAACGCCCACUUCCGGAUCUCGGAGGCCUGCAUCACGGCCAUCGAGCACGUGAAGUGGAGCCGCAGACUGUCGGCCAAGCCGACUAGCGUCCAACCGCAUCGCCAUGAGCCCAAUCUAAUGCCCUACGUCCAGCCCAUUUCCGGGGACGUCGAGAACCACAGCGCCGAGGCUGUGGGCCUCCAACUGAUUUCCCGCUUCAACGAGCAGCAGCUGCCCAAGCUGAGCCACUUAAAGUGGCUGGUGUCCGAGCAGGAGGCACCUCAGAAGCUGCUGCCCAUGCCGACGCUACCAAAGCCGGAUCGGGACCAGCCCCCAGGCGCCGGCAGCCUGACUCGGGGCACCUCCAACUGGGCCCCACCGCGCCAGCAGAUCAUAUUCACGGAACACCCGGCGGAGAGUCGCGCCAAGGUGCUGCAGAAGCAGAACCAGCGCUGCGCCGGCUGCGGCAUGCGCGUGGCCAAGCAUCUCCAGCAGCACUAUCGGUACUGCAACUAUCUGGGGAAGUAUCUCUGCACCGGCUGCCAUCGGAACCAAAUAUCGGCCAUUCCUGCCAAGAUUCUACGCUCCUGGGACUUCCGCUGCUAUCCGGUUUGUUCCUUCGCCUACAAACUCAUCGAGCAGAUGUACGCCUUCCCGCUUUUCCAUGUCCCGGACCUCAACGAGCAGCUGUAUAAGCAGAAGGAGCUGGCCAAGGCCAGAAGGAGGAGAGUCCAGCUUCAGGCCGUCAAGGGAUUCAUAUCGAAUUGCCGAUUUGCCGUGAGAGAGCAGGCCUUCUUCAAUGCCAUUCCAGAGCACAUAACCCAGGAUCCCGAUAUGUGGUCCAUGUGUGAUUUUGUCGACGUGCAAAACAAGAGCAUGGGUCGUUCCAUUAAGGAGCUGGUCGUCCUCAGCGAACAUCAUGUCCAAAGUUGUGUGCUCUGUUCGGGUCGUGCUUUCGUCUGUGAGGAAUGCAAAAGUGAGGAUCUGAUAUAUCCCUGGCAAAGGAAAGUGCAACGCUGCGAUCGGUGCGGAUCCUGCUUUCAUCACGGCUGUUGGAAGUACCGGACUCGAAUCCGGAGUGUACAAGGAUGCCCCAGGUGUGCCCGUCUACAGAACCGGGCCAGCUAG